AUGUCUGAAGACUAUCGGCUUCAGCUGCAUUUGCAAAAUGGCGAUGCUCACAUCGAAUUUAAUUCCGCCAUCUUCAACAUGGGCCUAAUUUCCAUUGAGAACAUGCUGGUUGGGAUGCGUGGUGAGCAACUUCAUAAAUGCGGAUUCCCUCUGCUUUACAGGAGCGUUGGAAAUCAGCUCCCCACUAAACAGCAGCGUGAGCUUUGCAACAAUGUUACCCAGCUGGCGGCAUACGUUGCUCUGAACAAACCAAGGUCACUGGUCGACCAAAUGAACGCGUUCAACACUAUUCUUGACAGUGUCUAUGGCCACAAUAAUGGUGAUCACGUUUUCUUUCUGGAUGCUCCUGGUGUAACUGGUAAAACUCUCGUCCUCAAGUUGCUCCUUGCCGAACUGCGCAAAGACGGCAAAAUUAUUUUGGCUUUUGCAUCGGCUGGUACUGCAGCGACGUUCCUUCCUGGCGGCCUAAAUGCUCACAGUACCUUCAAGCUUCCUCUUAGGUUAGCCGAUGAUGGUACCUCAACAUGCCAAAUAAGCAGUUUUCAGUUUUUUUAG